AUGCGUCGUGCUGCGAAGAAUGUCCAACAUACAAUAACAAUUCCUGGUGAAAAAAUCUCUGAUGCUGAAUUAGGAAAUCUGAAGGACGUUAGUCACGCUGGCAGUCUUCAUGAGUACUUGAUGAGAUUGCAUAAAAAAUAUGGUCCCAUCGCAUCAUUUUAUUGGGGCAAACAAUAUGUUGUUAGUUUGGCAUCUAUCGAGUCAUGGCAUGCUACAAUGCGUUUGUUUGAUCGUCCGGUCUUAUUAUUCUCCUUAUUUAUGCCAAUAAUUGGUGAGAAUAGUAUUCAAUAUACAAAUGGUCCUAUCGGUAAACAACGCCGAAAAGAUUAUUAUGAUGCUGCAUUAUCUAAGGCAUCGGUUCGAAAUUCAUACUGGGUAUUUGAGCAUGUUUUACGCGAGAAACUAAAACAGUGGAACAAUGAGCGAUAUGGAACACAACAAAAACCCUUACCAGUUCAUCAAGAAAUGAUAUCAUUGGCAAUAUCUUCUAUUUCUCUACAAGCAUUUGGCUUGUUGUUACUAUCUGACAGUCAGAAUAAUAUUCAGCAUGCCUAUCAAAUAUGUUGGAACGAUAUUGAAGAACGCAUCAAAGGAUCAUUUCCAGAACAAGGUUCAGAACGAGAGAAAGAAUUUAACAAAUCACUCGACUAUCUGCAUAGCAAAGUGGACGAAAUGAUCAACAAAAAACGUAACGGAGAUAAUGAACUGACAAAUAGUUGUUUUCUCGAUUAUCUGAUGAAUAGUGGCAAUAUUACAGAGGAACAAAUACGCAGUGAAGUUAUAACAAUGUUGGUUGGAGGCUUUCAUACAACAGGAAAUCUUCUCACAUGGACACUGUAUUACCUGGCCAAGCAUAGUGAUAUUCAGGAACGUGUGUAUAGAGAACUAAUCGAUGUUCUUGGUCUUGAAAUCCCUUAUCCAUCGUUUGAGCAAGUUGAUCAAUUACCUUAUCUGUCGUGUGUAAUUAAUGAAUCAUUGCGUUUACCAGUUCUCGCACCAUGGGCUGCUCGAAUAUCAUCGAAUGAUGAAUUAGUUUGCGGUUAUACAAUUCCAGCUAAUACGCCAAUGAUUCAAGCAUUAGGCGUUGUAUUAAGUGAUGAAAAAAUAUGGAAUAAACCCAAUGAGUUUAAUCCCGAUCGUUUUCUAAACAGAAAGUCUACUUUAGCUUUUUCUCCUUUUGGUUUCGCUGGUAAGCGAAUUUGUCCCGGUUAUAGAUUUGCAACGUAUGAAACAAGUAUAAUCGUUGGUGGAAUAAUAAAAGCAUAUCAAAUACGACUUGCAGAUCCGGAUCAAACUGUUGUGCCUGUGCAUGGCCUCGUCACUUCACCAAAUGAAGAAAUAUUUCUCUGCUUAGAACAACGUGUAGAGAAAUAA